UUUCGGCUCGAGAUCCGUCUCGCGCACUCGCCCGCGCCCGUCCUGCAGGUUCUGCGGCUUUGAACGUCGUCGGUGAUCAUGUUCGCCCCGAUCGGCUCCCAGGCGAGUCAGGGCCAGGGAACCCGGAGGCCGCGGGAGGGGGCCGCGGCCGAGGCAGCGGGGGAAGACGGGACCGCGGUCGGCCCAGGGGGCGUGCGCAAGCUGGACAAAUUGUUCGCCAAGUUACUCCUUCAGCACGAGACGAACUUCAACGCGAACUCCAGGGAGGACAACUUCACGCUGACCAUGGCAGCGGACGACCCGGUGCAAGUGGCGCUGGCGACCUCAGAGGACAGCUACAACAGGAAGGGGAAGCAGGCGAGGGAGGAGGCGGAGGAGGGGGAGUACAAAGGCCACCCGGACGGGAAGAAGCCAGACUUCCUCCUCAGGGCCGUCAUCUUCAGGAUCACCGAGGCCGCGGAGGCGAAGUCCCAAGAGGUAAAGGCCGCGGCCGGCAGCGGGGCGAUGGCGCAGCAGGCCGCCGCGGCGCUCGACACCCUGGCCAAGUACAAGGCGAUCGCACAGAACCCCCAGGCGAGGGUCGUGGCGACGAGGUGUUUCCACGGGACCGUGAAGCCGAGCGACGGCGGGAUGGACGAAGAGAAGGAUGACGACGUCCGGUGGAUUUUCGCGAUGAACUCGCAUCGCGAGCUGAAGGACGCUCUCGAGACGCUCCGGGUCAACGGGUGCCUGGCCGCGGCACGCUUGAAUCUUGGCUACGACCACGGCCCCAAGAGCGGCGUCGCCAAGGAGAUCGAGACGACAGUCUUCCGGCGGAAGGGGGCCAAGGGCGAUUCGAAGAAGAAGGCUAAGAAGAGGUGAACAGGACUGCCGACGGGGACUCGCACGUUGCAUCACAAAGUGCAUGGUCAAGGGAAGGUUCCCUUCGAAGCUGGGGGGGGGGGGCCUCACUCAUCCAGAGGGGUGGUGAGCCGCCCUCACAGAGCCGCCUUCGCAGAGGCGGAGGCGCGUGUGGACGGGAUUGACGGGGUUGCCGGAGCCUGGAAGAAAGUGAUGGCUGCCGCAGUCGUGUGCCUUCUAUGCACGUCUCUGUGUGCCCGAAAUUUUGUAUUUUCCAAUCAUUCAGUAUGAUAGCGCCGGUACUCGGUAGAACACGCGGGCCCACCCACGAGAUCUCCAGACGAUGAUGGGGGAUAGUGUCGCGAA